AUGGUGAAUGGAUGGAUGGAAGGAGAGAGACCAGACUCUCACUUUGACAGCGAAAAGAGUCCUUCAUUGGAACCAGACCCAGAGACGCCCAAACCAGCGAAACAACAUCACUGCUCUCGGUGUGGAAAGAGUUUUACCCAUUUAGGGUAUCUGAAAUCACAUGAGCGGAGGCACCCAGGAGAAAAGCCUUUCCACUGCUCCCAGUGUGGAAAGAGAUUCUCCAUGUCAAGUAACCUGAAAAAACACGAGAGAACACACUCAGUAGAGAUGCCUUUCCACUGUUCCCAGUGUGGAAAGAGCUUUACACAGUUAGGGCAACUGGAAAAACAUAAAAGACUACACACUGGAGAGAAGCCCUAUCUCUGCUCCCACUGUGGUAAGAGUUUUACCCAAUCAGGUACCUUGAAAUCACAUGAGAGAACACACUCUGUAGAGAAGCCUUUCCAAUGCUCUCAGUGUGGAAAGGCGUUUGCCCAAUCAGGUACUCUGAAAUCACAUGAGAGAACACACACUGUAGAAAAGCCUUUCCAAUGCGCUCAGUGUGGAAAGGGUUUUACCCAGAUGGGGAGCCUGAAAAAGCACGACAGAACACACACAGGGGAGAAGCCUUUCCAAUGCUCUCAGUGUGGAAAGGUUUUACCCAGAUAG